AUGUCGCGGAGUGGUGAUAGUCUAUCCAACAAUUCGCGAAACCGGGGUAGUUUCAACACGCACACCCGCCAGAUAAUCAACAUCUAUUCACCCAGCAGGGAUGGGAUAGAGCAGGCGCUCCGCGAACUUUCACCGUUCCGUUCGCAUGAGAUAGGUACCAUAGACGAGACCGACGCAGCUGAGGAGUCAACAUCCGACGACGAAGAGGAACCCUCUCUAUUCCGGAAGUCCUCUACCCCGCUCCAGGAUCAGGAGCCUUCGACGCCCACCCCCACAACCAACCAAACAUUUGCUGCUUCUAUAGCUCGACUGAGUGUCUCUGAUAACGCAAGCGAGCCCCAAAGCUCUAUCCUGGGUUAUUGGCUUAGAAAGCAGCCACUUUGCCCUUAUCUUACGAAGAUUGGGUCAGCACAAAACGAUGCCGGGACCUCCGCCCAGAGUUCCCUAUUUUCUGGCUUAGAAAGUGGAGGUGAACUGAGGGUCACUAACCUCUCGCAUGAGCGUGGCAUCCCACUUCCAAAAGACACUCCUCUCUACAUCUCCCAAUUCAUGAACACAUCGUUCAUGGAUUCGCAAAACUUGGUGUACCUCUGGAACGUCGCCUCAAACCUGGAAUGUCCAUGCUCGAGGGAGCCGAUCCGGAUGGACAUCGAGGUCGGCGAUCUUGGGGUUCUCGACAACCACGGCAGGUUUCAAGAAGGCAACUGGGCUCGACAUCUGAGAACACCACCUGGGUUCGAGCCCAUCCCGAUGGCCCUUGACUGGGUGUCCUCCACCCCCACAACACAUGAGCUCUUGGGAUUGGCGAACAAGGGAACGUUCAAACAGCACCCCGACGAUAGUGUUAUUCUUCGGAUAAAAUCUCGACCAGAUACAUCGCUCAGACACAAAGGCUCAGCCAUAUACGUCCCUCAAGGUGCAAGACACAAGUAUCUUCUCUUAGAAACGGGUCAAAGAGCCCUCGUGAAGAAUUACAUCCAGCUCCAUGCACCAUCAUGGUUCAGGUCCUCGAGCCCUGAUGGCUGGAUGCCUAACUCAGUGUUCCAACGGCCCGAUACCUUCAUUGUUGUUCUCCAGACUCUCAAAGCUAACAGCUGGGCGUACCUCUCAAGCCGGACCAAAUUCCGACGGUUGGUGAGCCUUACAGCAGUACUGAAGAAGCCUGACCAGCGGCAAGACAUCUUCGAUUGGAGGUACGACAUCAACAUGUGGCCAAACUCAGGCCCCGGCAAGGAUUAUCUCGACGCCGACGGAAAGGCAGUGGGAGCCGGAGCAGACGGAUCGUUGGAGGUUCAAUUCUCUGGCGUCUUUCGCAACUGCCUUGUCCAGGAGUAG